CGGGACCCCACGCAACCCAUUGUCGUUGGCUUUCUUGGGGUCCCGGGUUUACGUCUUGCACAAAUAUAUCUGGCCCGUUUCAGUGUUCUUGUUGGUGGUUCAUCUUCAAGGGCUGUAUUGUGUGCCUCGUCCAUAUUUGAAGGCUUACACGCCUCUGCCGGCCCACUCUUGUCUUGAUAUCUCUCGAGUAUCCAUCUCCUUCACUUCGACUUCACUCUUCAGACAGCACAGCGAAGACUGCUCUCUUUUUUUCAAUUCGCCAAUAAUCUUUCCAUUUUUUCUCCUUUCCUUCCUUUCCUUCUUGAUACCCGGCAUCUUUUCGUAAUUCACACACAUUUUCUUGGAUAGCCGGUCUACCACCUUCACGAUGAACAGCAGCUACUUCAACAACCAUCCACAGGGGCCGGGCGGCGAUCAACCUGAUGCUGGCCGCAUGUCAGAGACAUCGAGCUCUGGCACAGCCGUCUAUGAGAAGGGGACAGCUUCAAAGACAUCCAAAAGCUAUAUGUUCAGGAUGGUCCGGCUCGGCACCUCGAUAGCGCUCACAAUCGCCGUCCUGGUCCUCACACUCAUCAUCCUCAUUUCCGGAAGGCAUGGCGGUGGGGCCAAUGACCUCUCGCUGGUAAAAAUCGAUAUGACCAACUUCGCUCGCUUCAACCCUCCUCAGAUCAAUCUUGUAGCUACCAAGACCCGAAGAGGCCUGUUCGACGACAUCGGGGACAAGGUCGGUGAUGUCGGGGACAAGGUCGGUAGUGCCGUGGGCUCGGUUGAAACCUUUGCUUCGGGCGCCGCGUCAAAGGUCGAGUCAGCGGUCGGGGCCGUCGCCACAGCCGCCGAGGCCAAGGCUGACGAGAUCAUCGGCGAGAUCGGCGACGCCCUUGACGAUCUCGAGAACGCCGUCACGGGCCUCAUGGAGAAGAUCCUCGGCACCAUCCAGGACGCCUUGAACAAGUGGCUAAAGGAGGCUGCCAAUGCCCUCGGGGACAUCGACAUCCCCAGGACCAUGUCGCUGCACCUGACGACCUACUGCAGCGGCAACGACACCCUCACCGGCUCCAACUCGACCGACUCGAACUCCACCUCCAUGUCAUGCACCCGCCUCUUCUCCUCGGGUGAGAGCUCCUUCAACGCCACCGAGAACAACGGCACCAUCUUCGGCUUCCAGCCCGGCGCCGUGCUCGCCAAGGCCCUGGGCGUCUUCUACGUGCCCGAGGGCGCCCAGCUCGCCAUCCGCGAGCCCGUCGACAACGGCGUCAACACCGUCGACCGCCUGGUCCACAAGGCCGGCGCCGAGCUCUCCUCCUGGACCGUCAACCUGCUCUUCAUCCCUAUCGUCGUCGUCUACGUCUUGGCCACCUUCUUCGGCUUCCUGCUGCUCAUCAUCCUGGCCGCCGCCACCUACCGCUGCUUCAAGGACCACGGGUCCAUCGACGCCCCCGUUUUCGGCCUGUGCGGCGUCCUCGCCGCCGCCUGCGCCUUCUUCCUGCUGCUGGGUAGCAUCAUCCUGACGGUCAUUGGUCUCGUCGCGUAUGUCGUGGGCCUUGGCGCUGGCGUCGUCGACAUCACCGUCGAGUCAAGCUCGCAGCUCAAGUGGAUGUCCUGGGCCGCUUUUGUCAUCAUGGCCCUGCUGGCUAUCUCGCUCAAGAUCCAGGAAUUCAUGGCGAACGUCAAGCUCUGGAUCCAUAUUCUGAUCAAAAUCUUUGGGGGCAAGAGCAAGAAGACAGGGGCACCGAACCACGACAUGGAGAAGUUUAGUUCCAGUGCUUUCCCACAGCGUCCUUACUAGGGUGCUCUGAUCUCUCCCGCAGAUGGCAGGUCCUACUCUGCCUUAGGGAACUAAUACUGAAAUAAUAGAAUAAACAUUUGAAAAAGA